AUGACAGACGAAGAGGCCGUGAACCCAAACGACCCGGCCCAAACCCAUGAUAUCCCCAAGCUAGAAGAUAUUCUAAAUGACUCCAUCGAUCCUGAAUCGGCGUAUUCAAAACUGAACUUUCUCAAGUUCCUCAUUGCUAAACAUUGUAUAGAAAAUUACGAAUGUUACACAGAAUUGCAGUCCCUCUUUUUAAGUUACGAUAAAUUGAAAAAUAAUAACUUGACUUCAAACUGGAUUGUCUUUUACAAUACUUUUAUAGCAAGGGAAAUCGUCAAUCUCCCGGCAGAUGUGGUAUGCCUAGUGUCAAAGAAUUGCUUGCCAUCAAGGAACAUUCUACGCAAAAUGGAGAAAAUCCUCAUAAACUUCCUCUACAUUAGCUACUACGAAUUUGUCUCCAUUAAUAAACAGAAAAUCCCAAAUAGAUCGUCAACUUUCUCCUCAAAUAUCUCAACUUCAUCACCCUUGUCGAACUUGUCCCCUUCAACCUCCCUUUGCAGUGAAUGCUCCACUAAUAAACAGUUCUCCAACUUUAGCACCGCAGAUAUUAUCAAUGACCAUAGAAUGGCUGCUCCUUCUUCUUCUUCUUCUUCUUCUUCUUCCCCAACCCCCUCCCGUGCGGCGUCCCCCUCCAACGAGAGCGCCAUCACAGUGUCCACCACCAAAUGCUCAAACGUAAACUGCAAGAGACACACAGACUCCAUCAGUUGGUCAAAGAUAUCUAGGAAAUUCUCUUGGCAAAGAAGACGCUCCUCUUAG